AUGCCCCCAAAACCAAAGGCGAAACCGAAGCCGCAGCCUCGAAGAACUGCUGGCGCUGCAGAAACUGUUACUUCUACUAUUGGAGCGGAUGCUUCCACGAUCCUGAAACAGGAGCCUGAGGACCACGACGUAAGAUUGCCCACGGCCGUCCCAACAGCGCCACAACCAUCCGCCUACAAAUCAUCGUCGCUCUUCAUUGAGGACCACUCGGAAUCGGAACCGGAAUCGGAAUCAGACAUUACUCGGCGGGCGCAGCAAUCCCAAUUAUCAAAAGAUUCAGGAGUACAACCCCUAGAAGUGCAUCAUAAUGCCGGGGAUGAAUCAGACGAAGAUGAAGCCGUGUACAGCGACAUCGACGAUGAUCCCAUUGUCCAAUCAUAUGACAUUGUCCUCAACACUACUUUCAAUGAUAUGAUGUACUUGUUCCAAUAUCCAGUGCGAAAUAGAUCGCAGCCUUACACCUUCCAGGAAGGGUUUGCACCAGCUGAGGCCAGGAUGAAAGUCAAUACGGGGGCACUUGAGCUCGAUAUCCCAAUAAACGUUGAACGAAACUACGAUGAGCGGAAAGGUGUUCUAUACGGCGACGUACUACACAAAUCUCGCAUCCAGAGAUCUCUGCGAGCAGGAGGCAGCGCCGAUGUUGGGGAUCGUGGCGACAAUUCCUCGGACAGGCGAAAAAGACGGAGAACAGCAGAAGAUGAAGGUAUGGAGGACGACAGCGCUAUACCGACCCCAGAGGCUCUCUUGGAUUUCGAGGAAGCAAAACGAAAGAACAGGAUAUUGAAUCGACAAACGCUAGGAGCUAAAAUGCAAGGUGCUGAUGCUAAUUACUUUGUUGCUUUAUUCGAAGGAGAUAAGCUUCAUUUCACACGGCUGACGGGGUCACUUCAACUACGGCCACAGUUCCACCACAUAGAUAUCAUGACGGAGCAAGAACGUGCAAACCAGAAGGCCAUGAGAGAGAUGAACAAUCCACAAAGCUCCAAAUCAGCGGAAGCCAGGGCUGUUAACUUGUCAGUGAAAACAGCUUCUGGGGACAACCGGACAUUGACUGCAGCAGAACAACUGGCAAAGGAUAUCCGGUUGGAAGAAGAUGAACCUUGGCGGGAAAUUGAGUGGGUAGAUCAAGAUGACGACGAAGCGUGGCAAAUGUUCGCGAAUGUACACAAGCAAAUGUCCACCCCGCUUAACAAUGUAUUCUCAAAGGCAGAAUAUUUCAAAUGGUGUACUACACAUACAAAUAUACCAGAGCUAGACGAAAGGAAAGGGGGCAAAUCACACAUUCGUCCUGGAAGAUGA